GUCAUGUUAUGUUAACACAAGUCUGUGCACGCAUGCGGCAAUGUACACUUUUUAGGUUUCACUUUCAUUUCAUAAGGCGACAGCGGAGCACUUUUUAUUGCUGAUGGAAGAAAACACUUUGUUGUGGAUUUAGAGGAACACUGGAAACAAGAGAAGGGCAGAGGGAUGGACAGAGCACAGAAGGAUGGACAGAGGACAAGCUCUGAUACACACACCCUUGAGGUGUGUUUCUGUGAGUCUUCAGCUCAGGGCUGGACUAUAUAGGAGGGCAGCAUCUCAAACUACAAACAACAGCAGCAUCUUCAGAGAAAAAGGCAGAAGCACAAGAACAGACUCGAACCGUCAGCGUGAAAGAAGCCAGAAGAAAGAGAAAUUGACAUCAUGAUGUCCAGACUCCAGAAAUCACUGUCCGCUGUCAGAGCACUGCAUCAGGCAGCACUGGCAGUUCCGAAGCAGCCCGCCACUGAGGAGACAAUCACAGGCAGUUUUGGGAGGUUCAUCAGUGAGGUGAAGCCACAGCACUUAUCUCCCGUGGUCCUGCAGCGCAGCAAGAGGAUGGUGUUAGACAGCAUCGGCGUCGGUCUGAUCGGCAGCACCACAGACGUGUUUGAACUGGUCCUGCAGCACUGUCAGCACAUGUACGCUGCCGAUCAGGUCAGCACUGUGUACGGCCGUAAGGGCACCAGACUCUCCCCGACGCUGGCUGCUUUUGUCAAUGGAGUGGCAACUCACGCCAUGGACUUUGAUGAUACGUGGCACCCUGCCACUCAUCCCUCAGGAGCUGUUCUUCCUGCUGUGAUAGCGCUUAGCGACAUGAUGCCUGUUAACAACAAGCCCAGCGGCCUCGACUUCCUGCUGGCAUUCAAUGUCGGUAUAGAAAUCCAGGGCCGACUGAUGAGGUUCUCUAACGAGGCUCACCACAUCCCCAAGAGGUUUCAUCCUCCCAGUGUGGUGGGGACCAUGGGAAGUGCAGCAGCCUGUGCUCACCUCUUAUCUUUGGACCCAUCUCGCUGUGGUCAUGCCUUGGCCAUUGCUGCUUCUUUAUCUGGAGCCCCCAUGGCGAAUGCUGCUACCCAGUCCAAACCCCUGCACAUCGGCAAUGCCUCACGGCUGGGGUUGGAAGCUGCUCUGCUGGCAUCGAGAAGCCUGGAGGCGAGUCUGCUGGUCCUAGAUGCCGUGUCAGGGGUGGCCGGCUUCAACGCUUUUUACGAGGACUACGCGCCACAACCUAUGAAGAUGCCCAACGACGGCUACACAUUCCUCCUGGAGGAUCAAGACAUGGGCUUCAAGCGCUUCCCAGCACACCUCGGGAUGCACUGGGUGGCAGAUGCUGCAGCUUUGAUUCAUAAAAACCUCAUGGGAGUCUCCCCCUAUCAAAUCCGUGACAUCCUUCUCCGAGUCCCACAAUCUAAGUACAUCAACCGGCCCUUCCCUGAGUCUGAGCACGAGGCUCGCCAUUCCUUUCAGUUCAAUGCAUGCAGCGCCCUCUUGGAUGGAGAGGUGACAGUACAGUCCUUCGCCCCCGAUGCCAUAUCGCGCCCUGAGCUGCUCACGCUGCUGAGCCGUGUUCGAGUGGAGCAUCCCCACGACAACCUUGCUAACUUCGACCGCAUGUACGGUGAGGUCCAAGUGACGCUUGCUGAAGGAGAUGUUCUAAAUGGACGCUGUGAGACCUUCUACGGCCACUGGCGCAACCCACUAACCAAUGAGAGCUUAAAGAAGAAGUUUCGGCACAACGCGAAGACAGUGCUUCCUUCACAGAAGGUCGAAACGCUGAUUGAAGUGGUGGAGAAGCUGGACACACUCAGGGACUGCACACCACUCUUCUCACAGCUGCAGUGAACAAAAUUACAACAGUAAUCAGCACACACUGAAAAAAGAGAAUAGCUGAACCAACUUUAAAAAGUGUAACA